AUCCAGGAAUUACAAUGGCCUGUUCUGUGGAUAAUCCAGAGCUGUGGUGUGACGUUCAAAAUUAUGAUGUAAAAUGUGAGCAACGUGCCAUUAGACAAAGAGUGAUUGGAGAUCGAAACAAUGUAACAAUGUGUCGAAGUCCAACGAGAGAGGCGGAAGCCAAAUGGAUGCGGAGUGAACUGCAGCGCAAAAGACAGCAGGAGUUUUCCAAGAGAAGACUGUUGGCAAAUGGUGCCGGUUCACUGUUAUCUGUUGAGGCAAGACAGAAGAUUUCAAGAGAAAGCCUCCAGAGAGAAGAGCAUGUGACGCAGAUGGCAAGGUCAACCAGAAGGCAUUUGAGACUCACCCAAAGCGUGGGAAACUGUCGAGGCGAUGUCCACUCACGUGAAAAGAGGUCAAAGUCACCAUUUAUCUCCUCUCUGGGUGUUGAAAAUCAUGCUGACCUGAAACAAGAGAGUUUUAUACCUACUGUCACCUACAGUCAAGAGAGUAUUAAAACUACACAGUCAGUUAAGCUGCGAGGAAAAGCUUCAACAAGAAAAGAAGCAGCACUUCUGAAAGACACCAUUCAAAUACCUAUUAAUCAGAGGACACUGCAAACAACAAGUAUGCAGACUGAGUCUGGAUUCGUCACUGUCAAACUGGCGGAUAUUCAUCAGCUGACUGAUUACAUAGGGGAGGCUUUGUGGAGAGAGGAGAACCUGAAGAAGAAGAUUUCUACAUUACAGAAAAGAACAUCCACUCUGCUCCGCUCCUCUGAGCUACUCUGGAACACUCGCUGUGAUGAAGAUCUGCUAAGAAGCAAGGUCAAGACUCUAGAGUCUCAGUUACUGGUCUGCAUGAAGAGAGUGCCUCAGGAUGGAGUGGAGAGCAUGAUGCUGCAGAUGGAGAAACAGAGAGGGUUGUAUGAGGAGAAAGCUCUGGAGGCCAUCCAGAGAGCCACUGAGGAGAAGACAGAGGCCAAAAGCAAGAUUGAGAACCUCCAGGAGGUACUGCAGGCAGCCAAGAGUGAAUCAGUCCGGUGGCAAAACCUAUGUGAAGAGCUGAGGAAGAGCUCCAGUGAAUUAAGGAAGACCCAGGACUUCAGUACUGAACAGCUUGUCCAGCUACAGAACCAACUAGAUCACUCAAGGGCUCAGGAGGAGACCCUGAGAGAGCAGUGUAAAGCCUUACUGCAGGAUAGAGUGGAACUCCAUUCCCGCCUAUCCCUUUUAGAAGAGGACAACCAGAACCUGAGAGAACACCUAGAGGACAUCGGAGGUCAUAGUCAUGAAACGUGGAAUAACUUUACGCUCAGAUCUGGAGAGGGUCCAGCCAUGCGACAGAAUUCAUGGACGACGGAUGAAAGUGUAAUGGAGCAGCUUAGAGAGACUGAGAAAAGACUCCAGAUGAGGGAGAAAGAGUGUGUAGAGCUACAGGGGGAGCUAGAGGCCCUGGAGCAGGAGUGUCGCUCCUAUCAGUCGCGCCUGCAGCAGUGCCGUGAAGAACUGAAACAGAUGAGCGGUCGCCGUGGCAACAAGAGGAGCUCCAGCUACUGGUUGGGUCUUUUUCUGCUCAUGCUGCUGUUUUUGGCUGUGGUGGCGGCCACCGUUCUCUGGAGAUACCAUCCCUGCCUCACGGAGCAGCUUCUGGACCUGUUUUCAGAGGUGGGACAGCGAGUUGAGGAAUACGUCCUACAGGCCGUUCAUUCCCAGCAAGGCGUCUGCUUCAGACCAAUCUGACAGGGACUCUCCACAUACACUCGGCUACUUCUUAAAUCUCAGAUCUUCUCUUCACAACAUGAGUGUGUGUCUGCAUUUAUAUGGAUGGAGGAUGCUAAAUGCAAGCCACAGUCUGUUUCAACAUUUGAACUGUUGUCCUCGUCACAUGUAAAACAUCCACUUGUUUUAAUUUAAUUGUGUUGGA